AUGGCUAAAAAGAAGAAGAGCGGAAAGCAGCUGCCAGUUCCAGAACCGGAGCCUCCAUUCGACGAGUCGACCGCGGAAUCAACCCCAUGCUCUCAACCCACAUCUCAACGGCCUGAGACCUCUCCUUACACAAGUUCUCUUGUCGCACUUCGUAUCGGCCCCGAACAAAGAGAGUACCACGUCCCCCGAGAUCUCUUGCAAAAUCCAGAUUGGAUCGCCUCUUCCAGCACAUGGGAGAGAGGCGUAUAUCUAGCCGAUGUUGACGAAAACACCGGUCAUGUACUGGUCCACUACCUGUACACCGGAGCGUACCAAACGCUCGACAACACGGCCGCCUCUCCGGUUGACGAGGUAAAGAUCGAAUUCAAGAGAGCUGUAUUGGCCUACACGGCGGCGAAGAAUUACAGCCUACAUGGGCUACAAGGGCUGGCGAAGAAACAAAUCGAACGCUUCGGCACAGAGAUGGACAUUUUCGACGUCGCUGAAGCUCUCAAGGAUGACUUCUCGAAACUCCUAGGCGAUACCGCCUGGUUCCAUGACUACUUGGACGGGAAAGCCAAGGCGGCGUUUGAAGAAGAUCGCACGGUGUUUGCGAGGGAUGGCUUUUUCGGCCGCGUUAACGAUGUCGGUUUGGCUAGAGUGCUGGCAAAGUGCGUGGUGGGGCUUUACAAUGACAAGGUCGAGCGCAUGCUCGGCGCGCAGAGGGGGUCCCCUGUAAGGACUUCUGAAGAGUGCGGGACCAGCGUCCCUGAUCUACUCGUUGACGGAGGACUGGUGGAAGAGCCCUUUACCGUCGAUGCAAUAUCUAAAGAAGAUUGUCCGUGUCCUGCUCUGGAGUGUUCUGUACAAGACUAUCCUGCCAGCGAUUGUCCCGCACCGGAGUGUCCUGCGCAAGACUAUCCUGCCGACGAUUGUUCUGCUCCGGAGUGUCCUGCACAAGCCUAUCCUGCCGACGAUUGUUCUGCUCCGGAGUGUCCUGCACAAGCCUAUCCUGUCAACGAUUGUCCUGCUCUGGAGUGUCCUGCACAAGCCUAUCCUACCAACGAUUGUCCUGCUCUGGAGUGUUCUGUACAAGACUCUCCUGCCAACGAUUAUCCUGCUCCGGAGUGUUCUGCACAAGACUAUCUUGUCGACGAUUGUCCUGCUCCGGAGUGUUCUGCACAAGACUAUCUUGUCGACGAUUGUCCUGCACUGGAGUGUCCUGCACAAGACUAUCCUGUUCAAGAGGCUUCCACCGACGAGCCUCUUAUCGCCGAAGAGCAGGAACCCGUGCCUGAGCAUGUGCCAGAGCCUGAGCCGGCAACCGAGGAGGGCGAUCUAUGGCGAUGGGGCUCAUUUGCAAAGAGGAAGAAAGGGAAGAAGGCUAAAAGAGGUGCCAUUGAAGUAAUCGAGGAGGUGUUCGAGGUUAAAGAAGAGCCGACAGUAACCGUCGCACCCGUUGAUGGUGAAAUGGUUAAUUCAGAACUUGGAACGUGCAGCGUAGAUGCCACUGGUGAGCCAGUGGCACAGGCCGAAGAGAACGUCACUCUGUGGCCUCUCGAACCAACCGAAGGGGUGGGUGAGCUCACCAGUAACGGUCACUCGGAUCUUAAAGUGGAUUCAGAGCAGCCCACUGAGGCUGAGGGUGAGAUAUGCCCUCUUCGCGUCAAGCAUUUGCUUGACGGAGACAAAUGGAAACACUGCAGACAAUGCCGGGCUAUUGUGCGCCAGGUUGCUAUCCAACUUGCCCGUGCGGCCCAUACAGAUGGGGACGGAUAUGAGAUAGUAGAUCAGUCUCCCCCGAGUGUUCGGCUUCGUCUAUCUGUUCUUGCUGGCGAUGGAACCAACAUCAAUUAUGGGUCCAGCCUCGACAUGUCUUAUCAGAUAACCGAUCGCACGCUCUGCACUGUCCCAAGCGGCUCGAAAUGUUCUCUUAACCUGGCCGCCCUGGGUUACAAGUUUCUUGGUGGUUUUUUGUCCCUAGAUGAGAUCUCUGACUCGCUGGCCCUAGACCAACGCGGGGCUUCUUUGCUUUGGGUAAAACAAGCUGAAAAUUCGCCGCCAAGUGCGCCACGACCAAUGAAGGAUCAGAGCCGGGUCACGCUCAUCGCUUCUUUGUUGGCCAUCAACACAGCUUUUGAAAAGGAUCGCACUACAUAUUUCAGAAGCUGCUUGAGCGUCAGGAUAUACUACGAUGAGAUUGGCCCAGCCACCGAAUUUGCGAAACCGCAAGGCAAAUACACGCAAGUGUUGAUGGAACGUAUAAGAGCGAAGAAGAACAACGGCAGACCGGGAAUUCAGCUUCAAGUUAUAUCAUUCCAUGCUUCAAUCCUUUCACACUUAGCUGUAUUUUCUCCAUUUCCAUAUAAUCUACAAUUCCUUCUCCACUCCACACCAUGUGGCCCAACUUCUUUUACAAGAGACUCACCCCACUUGCUUUCACAAGAAGACGACCAUUACCUCGCUCGGCGCAUGGUCCCUCCUCGAUUCUUCGAUCCCGUUGCCCGCUGCAGCCCAAACAUGGUCAAACUCUCUGCAAAAUCCCAAAAUUACUUCCAUGCUCAAAGCUCGGGUGUCGAAAAUGGUUCUGUUACAACUGUAACCUUCCGGGUACCUCGUACAGAGCAAAUAAGUCUGGGCCCAACGAAAAUCUGA